CUUCCUCUUCUCUUCUCAUGAGUCUUGAAGAUUGGAAAGAAAUAAUAAACAAAAAGGUUCUUUGCACAUGUAGUGGCAUUGCAUGUGCCCCGGAAUCACUUAACCCCACCGUCCAUUCCAUUACACCUAAUCUCAUCUUCCAUAUAUAAACUCCUCCGUUUUGUGUAUACUCUCAUUCCGUUUUGAAUCUUUUUGAAUUCCAUCUUUUAUUUUUAAGUUAUAGUGCAAAAAUAAUGGGUGAGGAAGUCAAGCAGGAACAAGCCAAAGCUGAGGAGAAAAAAGAAGAGAAAGUAGAGGAAAAGAAAGAGGAGAAACCAGCUGAAGAAGUGAAGGAAGAGCCAAAGCCACCUGCCCCUUUUGUGUUAUAUGUGGACUUGCAUUGUGUGGGAUGCGCCAAGAAGAUCGAGAAGUCUAUCAUGAGAAUAAGAGGAGUGGAAGGCGUUACAACAGAUAUGGUUCAAAAUCAAGUGACAAUAAAGGGAAUAGUGGAACCUCAAGCAGUGUGCGCAAAAAUUAUGAAGAAAACAAAGAGAAGAGCAAAAGUUUUGUCUCCAUUGUCAGCAUCUGAGGGCGAACCUAUGCCAGAAGUUGUCACUUCACAGGUUAGUGGAUUAACUACUGUGGAGCUUAGCGUAAACAUGCACUGUGAGGCCUGUGCAGAGCAACUUAAGAAAAAGAUACUCAAAAUGAGAGGAGUACAAACAGUCCUGACGGAGCUGAGCACAGAGAAAGUAACUGUUACAGGGACAAUGGACGCAAACAAGCUUGUGGAUUAUGUGUAUAGACGCACCAAGAAACAGGCAAAGAUUGUGCCACAGCCUGAACCUGAGCCACAGCCCGAGCCACCGGCAGAAGAGAAAAAGGAAGAGGAAAAUAAGGAAGCUCAGAAGCCAGCUGAAGAAGAAGCUAAGCCUGCAGAAGAGAAAGUGGAAGAGGAAAAGCCUCCAGAAGAAGCAGCUAAAAAAGAAGAAGAAGGAUCAGAGAACAUUAAUAUUGAAGAAGAAAAUAUGAAGAGGAUGAUGUAUUUAUACCAGCCUGUUUAUGUGAUUGAACAAAUCCCACCUCCUCAGCUCUUUAGCGAUGAGAAUCCAAACGCUUGUACUAUAUCAUAGUCUUGUUAUUAACAUUUUAUAGUAACAAAAAAGAAAAAAGUUACUGUAAUAAUGUUGAUAUAUAUAAUCUUCAUCACUUGUUAUUUAAUCCAGCGGUGACGAUUUGGAGUAGUUAAAGUUGUUGAUUAAUAAUAUAUAUACUUUUAGAUAUAUAAUUAA